AUGUCUAUAUCUAAUACUCUUCAAGUUAACACAAUCACAAGAACUUUUACAACACUGUUGGGACUCUUGAUUAUGGCAGUGACUGCCACUCGAUAUCCGGAUCAGCCAGAGGGCCGUAAUGCUCCUUUGGAUGACUUUAUCACGACAAUAUUCAUGCCUGAUCUUGGUGGGAAUGCACAGACUUCAGUGCCUAAUCCGUCAGCUCAUACUCAGAACUAUGCUCCUCCUACUGCUAACCAGCCUAGAGCUACAGACGAGCUCAUGGCUAGCCUGGCUGCGUCAGCUAAGGCUCUUGUUGACCAGUUGAACUCGACUGGCCAGUCUAACUCAGCAGCACCUACUCGUAAUACUCGCGACAUCCGUGAACGGCUUAUUGCGGAUGACUAUGUUAAAGCGCUUAAUCAAAUGCUUUUGAAUGGUAAUGCGGCCAGAUGCAAUCAGUGUUGCACCUGUAAAAUAGCAAAUUCUAGGGGCGUAACGGUCUUCUGUGGAGUCAAAACUGUAGCUGCUAUCGAACGCAUGCUUGACCAUUACUCCUCGCACACUAAUCCGAACCGACCUCAGACAAUUCCAACCGCUGCUUCGCCUUUGUCUAACCUGGCUAGCCAAUUAAUAGGCGAACACUGCUCCAUUGGUAUUAAGAGUGAUUUUGUUAAACGGUUUAUGUCCCUUGGACCCGAAGAUGACGAUCUCAAAGUAUGUCUCCUGGUGCUGAUGGAUUUCUUUAUUCACGGAAUGUGUAACCGGCCUACUUGUUCGUUUUGCUGCAGUCUCUUCUCGCAGGACGGAUUUGGCAUUUACCGAGCAGCACGCGUCUUCCUAUCUCAAAUCAAAGACCUGAGCAAAGCUCCUCAGCAGCCUGCUUCCAACAAUUUCUUACUCCGGGACAUUAACUUCCGCGAACUCAAAACCACUUUAGAGGGAUUCUUCUUCUCACUACGAUCCUACGGCAAUGAAACUGACGACAAUAACACCUACCGCACAAUUCUCAAGGAAAUGGGCUUUGUUCCCGUUAUUAUUCAAGACGCCAACCAGUACGGCUUCCGUAAUCGCAAUAAUCCCUUUGGGGCUGCGCAGUACUACUAUCUACCUUCAUUCUACAACGAGAUGAACAUGGACAUCUACAACAGUCCAUGGUUCCAGCAAAGUAUUCUCCUUGAUAACAACUCAUUCAAUUCCAUCCAAAACCUUCUAGCCGUCAACCCACUUAGCACUUCACUUAUAUCCCAGACCCAACAACCCCAACAAGCCGUACAAAUUACUCAUACAAUCAACACUGCCGCCAACCCUCUAACUACUGCCCAUCCCACCCGAGUUUCCAAGCAAACUAACCUCAAACAGCAAGAACAUCUCCGCACUAUUACCAUUCAAGGACUCGUCCGGGCCUACGCCAAUCUCGGCCAACAGCUCAACCCACGGUACGCCACCCCCCAGUAUACCACUCCACAACAAUACAAUCUUGCUCCCCAGCCAUAUAAUCUCGCCCCACAACAAUACAACCUCGCCCCACAACAGUAUAUCACCACUCUACCCGCACAAUACGCCACUACUACCUUCGCAGCACCCCAACAAGCCACACUUUUCUCCCAGGUCAAUCCCGGGCAUAAUUCGCAGCUACAAAGAAAGGUCAACCUCCUCCCAACACGCAGCACCAUGCUUCCACCCCAACCAGCCAACACAAUCCUAGCAGCCAAUGCCAGUUCUAAAGUCUUCCCAACGCCCAACAACCUUGGCAACACUGCAAUUCCUCUGUGCACCAUGGCAGGCCUCAACGCCGCCCAACCCGUUGGUAUCCCCUUAGUGCCCAUUACUUCCCAAACCAACACCCCCGCAAUCUAUGGCCCCACUACCAACCUCAUCACGCAACGGUAUGCCUAA